AGACUAUUAGCUACAUAAAUGCGACAAGCGCAGUGGUGUUUUACUUCGCACAUCUAUUAAUACUAAAGACGCGUUAGGGUCUCGACACGUGCAUUGUAAAGAAGAGAAAAAUAAUAGCGAAUAGGUACCUAGCUAAUCCGCCACAUUUUUAUUUAAUUCUCACACGCGUGUAAAGAAUACCAGCGUUGAAGAUAAAAAUGUGAGGAAGCUCAAAGUGUCACAGAUUUGACAUCUAUGAGUAAACAUUGUAUUUUAUUCGCUACAGCAUAAAAUACCAAAAGGAUUGAAACCUAAAAGUACUUAUUCCGGUAAAGCAAAUUACGAUGACAAUGUCAGACGCUUCUAAUGUCAUAUUACAUGGUGAUGCAUCAAAAGAAUCAUUUGAUAUUAUGUAUAAAGACAACAGUAUCAAGACUGAAAAGGACGAAAAGACAGUGGAUGUGGAUGAUAGUACUUUUCGUGUACGCUCGACAAGCAACGAUAGCAGAUCAUCACCGAUCGACGAUUCAAUAGAUGCCAAAUUUGAACCAAUCAACCAAAAAUCAUUUAAUAAAAUGGAGGAUGACACAACGGACUCAAAUUUAAAAAAGAGCAGAAAAUGUGUCGACAUUCAGAAUCCACAGCCACAAAUACAUAUUCCUCAUCGGCCAAGCUUUAUGAUAAGCGAUAUUUUGAGUGACACUAGACCAAAAAUUACACCAAGUCAUCCUGGUUUUGGGCUUCAACUAGACCCCCGGCUCAUGCACGGACUCUCCGGACGUUGUGAAAGCCCAUUAAGCUCGGAAAACAGCGAAAGUGGCGAUAAUGACAGUGCAGACGAGGAUCCCCAUAAUGACAAAGAUAACGUAUUAGCUUCCCAUUGUCUCAAGCACAAGAAACCCAGAAAGGCAAGGACAGCAUUUACGGACCAUCAGUUAAACAUGCUGGAGAGAACAUUUGAGAGACAGAAAUAUCUGAGCGUGCAGGACCGGAUGGAGUUGGCGACAAAGUUAGGUCUAACCGACACACAAGUAAAAACGUGGUACCAAAACAGAAGGACAAAAUGGAAGAGACAAACGGCGGUUGGUUUAGAACUUUUAGCCGAAGCUGGAAACUAUGCUGCAGUUCAGCGAAUGCUCCAAGCAAAUCCCUACUGGGCAUACCAUCCCCAAGUUGCCGGGGUUCUUGCAAAUAUGGAUGCUCUCUACUUUCGGUAUCAUGCAGGAGCAGUUGGCGCAACGGCACCGGUAGGUGCUGUUGGAGGACCAAGACCAAUGCUCCCUGCAAUGUAUGGACUACCUCCCUCUGUCUCCAGUUCCUCAUCAUUGGGAGCGUCAUCUUCAAUUACGUCACUUCCGGCCCCUAGUACAUCAGUGGCAUUACCUCCAACUUCACCUGUUCAUCUAGGCAGCCUUUAUUCAGAACAUAGGACUUAAACAGAGCUAAGCUCAAAUAAAUAAAUACUAUCUUAUCAAGAUUAUUGUAUAAAAAAUUAGUCUUGCCUCAAGACUGUAUCCCCCGUUUACUUCGCAUUCCCACAUUUGUGUUGAAAAGGGGAUGAUACAAAGUCUUGAAGUAAGACUAUAUGAAAAUCAUACGAUGGCCAUGGUUAACAUUAUUCUGAUCUUGUAUCAAGGUUUUCGUAAUACUCACAUUUGAAUAAAUGUGUUAUCAUGUCUGGAAACAUAAAUAAGAUUUAAACACUUUCUAAAUCAAAAUUGUCAUAGGAUAUUGAAUCAAGUCUAUAUCGUUUGUUGAAUAUAGUGCACCGAAUAUAGUACAUGAUAAUACUCAAAGUCUUUGAGAAACUGACAUGCAUUUAUAUUGUACAUAUUUUUCAUGAUUGUUUCAAUUGUAAAUAUGUAUAUAUUAUAAGCUAAAAUGUAUUUGAAUAAAAUAAAUGAUGA